GCCCGCCCUCCGCGGCGCGGCGCGGCUGGCGGGCGAGCGGAGGGCACCGGCGGAGCGGGUCGGCGUCUGCCGGGGACAAGCGGCGAUGGCCGAUUACUGGAAAUCUCAGCCAAAAAAAUUCUGCGAUUACUGCAAGUGCUGGAUAGCAGACAACAGACCUAGCAUUGAGUUUCAUGAGAGAGGAAAGAAUCAUAAAGAAAAUGUGGCAAAAAGAAUUAGUGAGAUUAAGAAGAAAAGCUUGGAAAAAGCAAAAGAAGAAGAAAACAUGUCAAAAGAAUUUGCAGCAAUGGAGGAGGCUGCAAUGAAAGCAUAUCAAGAGGAUUUGAAAAGGCUUGGCAUUAAGCCAGAUGAUGUAGGUCCCAGUUCAACACAGAAUAAAACACAGAGUAACACAGUGGAAACUAAAGGGAAGAAAGAGAAGAAAGAGAAGAAAGAAAAGAAGGAAAAGAAAGAAAAGAAAAAAAAGACAGCUCAGGACACCUCAGUGCCACCAAAAACUGAAACAAAGGAGUGGGUCCAAGGAUUUUCUCCCGAAGGCUAUACGUAUUACUACAACACAAGAACAGGAGAAUCACAGUGGGAGAAACCUAAAGGAUUCAAAGGCAACUCUCAAAACUCACAAACGACAGCAGAGUGGGUAGAAGGUGUCACUGAAGAUGGUCAUACCUAUUACUAUAACACACAAACAGGAGUAUCCACAUGGGAGAAACCGGAUGGUUUUGUUUCAUCUUCAAAUGAGAAGAGGCAACGUGACAAGCAUUCGGAAGAGCUUGCAGAAACAGAUUCCAAAGCGUCUGAAUCAGACUCAGAAGACAGUGAAAACGAAGCCCAGAGUUCAAAAAGAAGUUUCAAGAGGAAAGGAGAUAAUGGUGAAGAAUCAGAGGAAGGGAAAAAAUCUCCCAGAGCUAAAAAGUUAAGUCCUUACGGGAAAUGGCGAGAAGUUAAGUCAGAAGGAACUGUUGCUAAAGAGGGGAGUACAUCAUCUUCCCAGGAAACCUCUAGUGAUGCACCUAACAAGACCAACCCUUAUGGAAAAUGGAAAGCAAUUACAGAAAGAGAAGAAAAAGAAGAAGAAGAAGAAGAAGAGGAAGAGGAAACAUGUGAAAAAGUGGACCUGGAGCUUCCUAGUACAGAGAGUGACAAUCUACCACCUCCAGUGCUAGAGGUUCCAGAAGAUGCAACAAUGAUAUUUAAAGAGAAGACAGUCACCUCCCUUGGAGACCUGACAGAAGGGGUGCCAACAUUUAAAAAGAGGAAAUUUGAAAAUGGAAAAUCUAGAAACUUAAGACAAAGACUAAGUGAUCAGUAAUACUCAAGAAAUUAUUUUAGAUUCUGUUGAAGCUAGAGUGAAUCAAAAGUUUAAUAUUUUAAACAGGCUUUUAUAAAGAAAAUGUUGGAUAGAAAUUAAGGAUUUAUAGGUAUUAAAGCAUAUGUGAGUUGUAAUAUUUUUUUAUUUUAUUUUGAUGUGAUUGAUUUUGGAAUGGAAGUUUGUGUUAUAUUACUUACGCAAUAUUGUAAAUACAUUUAUUUUUGAUUCUAACCAUGCCAUCUAAGUUCAAUUUGCUCUGUGUAUGCUGUUUUAAAUACAUUGCGUAAGGUUUUUUACUCCUUUUCUAAGUAUGGGAGAUUGUAGUAAUCCUUAAUGUGGCAAAAAGGAUGCAGAUCUCUUAUUUUGCAGAGGAAUUGGAUCAAUGGCACGUACUAGAGAGUAAAAUCAUCUUCCAGGAUUGUUUAUGUGGAGUAGUUUCCCAACUAAUGAGUAAAAAUAUUGUGCUUACUAACCUUUGGCUGAUCACUUGCAAAAGAGUAGGUAGUGAGACUGCCAACAUUUCAAACGGAUCAUUUGGAAGCUGUUUUUAGAGGAGUUAGUCACAUCAGUGCCACUCAUUGCAAAUGACAUUCUGAAAAAUUAUUUGUGUACGUGCAUGAUAAAUGUAUUAAACCUCUGCAGGAGAUUUAAAUCUGAUGAAUCUUAGCUUUUAAUGACAGGACCAGAGCCAGUAGGUAUUUCCGUGGUGUCUUUCUGUUGUAUUUUGCUUUAUUGUUGUCUUUACUUGAUUUUUGCCUUCUUUUUACACAUCAAGUUUUCUUAUUUUGGUCUUGGGGGCUUUUUUUUGUCUCUUUCCCUGUAAAAAAAAAAAAAAAACCAAUUCCCUGAUAUUUUCAUGAAAAAUAUUCCAAAGACCUGGAGCCCUGCUAGAGCACACGGCACCCUUUUUGAGGUUGAUGGGUUUUGUCUGGUGAUAGGAGGAGUGUGUUGAACAGUUGUCGUGUUCACUAAGCUGAGAGGGGCUAAGCGUGCCGGAGCUUCACCGUUCUCACUACCAUGGGAGAGGGGACCGAAAGACGGGUACGUAGAGCUGAUGGCUCUACUGCCCAAGAUGGCUUUGACGUUUUCUUAAGGACUGUAGAUUUGAUUUCUUCACUUGGUGGAAUUGGUCUGCACCUAGCCCCCUAAGAUUCGUUGGCUAUGCAAGAAUACAGCUGCACUCACUGCUUCCCUGGGUAUCGAACAGUGGAGCAUAGAGGGUCAAAUCGAUAAUGCCUUAAAAAACAUGCCUCUGUUCCUAAAGCUCGAGGUGUUUGGCUCAGGAGAGUCUCAGUCAAAAACAGAGGGUGCAGUUAAGACACUUGUCAGAGUCUGGCUACAGCAAAAUGGAGUUGGUAACUGCUGAGCUCGACCUUCACGGAGAAAACAACUGUUCAUCUGUCAGAUCAGUGCAGAAAGGAGUGCAGGACAGGGAAUCUGGUUUCUCCUGUAUCACAAAGGAAGAUGAAGUCCUUUUUUUCUAUUCUGUGACGUUUUCUCUGUGUGUGGAAGGGAAUUCGGUAUUGUAUUUAAUCCCGUGUGUUCCUUCGGCUUCAUCAGGGUUGUUGUGUUUCUUCUGAUGUUUGCUUUGAGAAAUGUGAACAUUUCCUGUCAUAUCUGGCCCUGGAUUGUCAUUUAGGGAUGAAGGAUGCGUGCUGGACGCUCUCACAGUCAUAGAUGGAGGAAUGUACAACAUGUCGUCCACAUGAAAGACCUCGCAGGCAAGGCUAGAACAGAAAUGUCCUUUCUGCUAAGGAGAAGUUGACGGGUUUCUUAAAUAACAGGUUUUUCAGGUUUUAUUCUUAUUCUUAUUUGAACACUACUCCAGCAGCUAGGAGCCUGUUCUAAUUUGAAGCCUCUGUGUGUUUGUGACCAGUUUACGCUCAUUUCCUCCCAAUUUACACAAGUGUUGCCCUUCAGCUAAGGGCUUUUCUUCCUCUUGAACCCGGUGCAUCUUUUCAGAAUAGUCCUUGUGUGACAGGGCCUUCCCUGCUCCACCCACCGGCAUUUCUCUUCACCCGUUCUAGCCUGAGUUUGCCUAAGCUCUAUGUUCAAGGAAGAUUAAGGCCACGCGUAAUGUCACUAAUACUUCCUUAGUGCACUGGAAGUCACUUAUGUCCUAAAAAAAAUACGUCCCUAAGCCACAUUUGCCUUUCGCAGGACUGCAUGGUGCUGUCUGCCCUGAGUGCUCCUGCUCCUGUGCCAUGGCCCACUGCUGGCUUAACAGCUCAUCUGGCUUUCUUUUCAAGCUCAAUUUUUUUUUUCUUACAUAUUUGUUUCGUACUGCUGUGCUCAUCUUGCUUCUGUUUCUCCAAGACUAAAGUAUAUAAAUUUCUUUACGAUCUCUGUAAAAUUAGUUUAUUGUUUAUUAGUACAGCUUUAUACAGUAGUAUAAUUAUUUGGAGGCUCCACUUCUGAUAUCCUCAGAGGAGGACAUUCCUCAUCUAGUGAGGUUCCCAAAAUGUUAGCAUCUUCCCUUAAAAAUGUUUUGUCACAUUGAAGCGGUCAGAGGCAGUGAUUUAAGAUACGUGUAACUAAAUUGCUCAAGCAGAUGUUUAAAAACUUCUGAAAAUAAAAGUGUUCAAAACUUGUUCCCUUGAGGAGCUGCUGUUAUUUGUAAUAUGAACCAGAGGUCUUUGUCAAGUGCUUUGUUAAAUAGACAAAACAUUAGAAAAAAGGAUUAAAUGUUUUCUUUGCUCACGCUAGUAAAGUCAGUUUAAAUACCAUAUGCUUGCUUUUGCUGAUGUGACUUCUAAAGCCUUCAUUUCACAAAGAAAUACAGUGUUUUGCUCCCCACUACCUCUGAAAGUCAGCUUGAGGGGAGACCAGUUUAUUCUUUGUCCUUAAGUGUAAAUUGUAAUAAGGGCUAGUGGAAUCCAAUUUCAUAUAUCCAAAGCCACUGUUUAAUUUUGCACCAUGCUGUCAUUCAAUUUUCUUAUUGUGUAUCUAAACCAAAUAUUUUAUCUUCUAUACAAAAAUACUGUCUUGUGUGAGAUUUAAGGCAGACGCAGCUUUUCCAGGACAUCUGCUCUGCACAGAUCUCUCUCCCUUCUGUGCUCUCUCUCUGCAAAAUCUCCCAGCCUUUGGAAUUUGCCGUAGGAAUCCCCUAGUUAUUACCACAGUUACACUCCUCAUCUGCUAAUCCUUCUUUGGGCUGCACUGGCUUUUGACAAAGGAAUGUUCUUUUGCUGUUUCAGUAGAGCAGUGUUUUCAGAAGAAGAGUGUUUUGUUUUCCGACCAAUCCAUUUUCUAGCACGCAGCAUGUUUUUAUCUGCUUGCUUGCUUUUAUUUCAAGCUCCUUGAGGGAGGAAUACGUCCUUGGUUUUAUAAACUGUUGUAGACAUUAUUAGCAAUAUGAGAAGGCGAGUCGGAGAUAAAGGAGGAGUCAUUGCAAUUUCUGAUGAUGAUUUCUUCUGUGUGGUUUUGAGUGAGUCAGUUCAUUGCUCUGUAUUUUUCUUUCCUUGUCUCAUCUUUCACCUGCCUUAUCUGUUUAGAAGGAGCUUUGCCGUGCAGGACGCUUAUCUUUGGUGUGUGUGUGUUUUUACAGUAGGGCCUGCCUGAAGUUGAUGAUGCUUUCAGAAGCAAACAUAUUGCGCAUACGAGAAAAAGAAAAUUCUUUCCUUGAGCAUUUGUUAUGUUGGGAACUGUGCAGAGUCCUGCUCAAUUAGACCCAGGUUAUAGAAUAAUCCUUGUUCCUAUUUAGGCUGAAUCAAAUUUUAACCCUUCACCUGGGAAUUUGUAGAUUGAAAUCCAGACUUUUGUAAUAUGGUAAUGUUUGCUUUUUGACCCUCUUAGACAAGGUCUGUGCUGCAGCAUCAUCCAGGUCCAGUAUCCAGAUCUAGAAGGUGGGACAGCUGGUCAUGACAGGAAUCUGAGUUAAAUUCACCAACCUCUGCAUGCAUGAACACAUUUCUCCUCUCUCUGCCCCGGAAAAAAAUGUUGUUUCAGUGCGAAUUUUGGCGUCUCAGAAAAGGAGUAAAAAACUAUUUCACGAUGCUUGAUUUCCUUUAUUUGCUUUUUGAGUUGUGCUUCCCCUUUUUAGUACUUUUGUUACUAGUGCUGUCUUCCUCAAUCUGUCUUCUUCCAGUAUUCCUAUAUAUGCAAAUCUACCUAUCACCGCUGUGCCGUGUUUCCAGCGCCCACCUUCACCUUAUCCCCUGCUCUGCUGAGAUCUUCGGAAAGCUUUGUGGGUUUUUUAUGUAGGCCACCGUGUCUCCAGCUCCCGGCUUACGCCGAGCGCUUCUGCUGCCUGUUUGCAUCACGCCCCGAAGAAGUACAACCUUAUCUGUUUUCAGACAACAGGCAAGCUAUUUCAAGACCGACUACAUGUGCUCUUUCGAUUUCCUUCAUAAUUCAUUUUCCUGAGACAUAUUUCAUUCCAUUCCACCUACGGGGUUUGCAGCCCUUAAAUCCUUCCGCUUGCUGGCACAAAAGCUGUCUGUAUACCUUCUGCUAUGGCAACCCUUUGGGUUUGCCUUGUCAGCCACAUCUCUUCGGUCUCUUGUAUCUACCUCUGAAGUCCUUGUACCUUCUACCUGCUAAAUUAUUUAACUUAGAAAUCAUGUUAACCAUUUGUGUGAUUAACAAAUUUAGCUUUCUGACAUGUUUUGGGAUGUAGCUUGAAUAAAAGUUUCUGUGCGAAGCAAGAAGUGUUGCAAACAAUAAUCAGAAAAAUGCUGUAUUUUCCCAAGAGGAUUCCCAGAGAGUGUCAGCAAAUGCAGGUUUGAUUUUAUGUAUAGAAGUAGAAAUAGCCUGUGUUAAGAACAAGACAACAGUGUUAUACAGACCAUGGGCUGAAGACAGUGGGUUUUAAUGGCUUGCUUAGCAGAAGAUACAGUGAAGAACAGUGGGGUGAUUGAAAAGCACUUGGUUUAGUUUGUAAGUAUUUGUCUGCAAAGUUAUACAGCUGGUUUCUCUUUACCAGCUCCUCAGUUGCAAUUAGAAAACAUUGCAAGCUCUUAAAGUGGAAUUUAUAUGCAAAUACCGAAUAAAGCUUUCAUUUGAACAA